GUAAACAAACCCCGAGGAAGAUGGCGCCGCGAGUCCCUGACGAGAUUGACGUCUUCACCGUCCCGCACUCCAGGAUGAAGGAACUCGUGGAUAUAUACACACAGAAGAUGCAGUGUGUGGACUUCCGGGACGGGUCAGAGGUCGUGUCAUUACUGCAAGACCUAGACCUGACCUUGUACGAGUUCAAGUCACACGAAUCCAUUGAGAACAUCUUCAUUAUGGAUCAGCUGAAGAAUCGGCUCAAGCAACACCAGAUCCAGAACACAGCUGUCUGCGAUUGCCACAAUGACAACCGACUUUCUGAUAUGGUGCGCCUUGUCCGGACAGGCACCGAGGUGAAUGAGAGGAGCAUUGGAGAGAGGCUGAGGUUUGGUUGUGAGCUCCAGGAGGCCUUCAAGGACUUUGUAGGGAACUUUUUGCCACACAUGGAGGAGGAGGAGGAGGUGUUUCAGAUGGCGCUCAACAGAAAACGGGGGAUCCAACAGAAAACGGGAGCGGGAGCAUCAUCUUUGAUCGGCGGUUUUAAUUUUCAAUCCUCUUCCCGGCUGAAUGAUGACGAGGUGAUUAUGACUCAGCAGAGCGGCUCCAGACUCUAG